AUGAACGCGACCACGUACGUCUUGGCGCACGCGCGCACGACGCAGCUCGCCUACGCAGCGGGCUACGGCAUCAUGCUCGGCCUUUCGGUCGCUUGCAUCGCGUACCUCCGCCGGCACCGGUCGUCCGCCUACGCGGGCGACGUCGACGCGGCGCGCAAGGUGCUCCUGCCAGCGUUCGAGCCGCUCUUUUGGGUCCUCUGCGGCCUCACGACGCCCUUCACGCUCUUCUUGGUCUACCUCCUCUGGCAGUCCGAGGCCAUUGCGCCGCGCUCGCGCGUGCUGCCCGAGGCGCUUCUGCAAGGCCGGCAGUGCAUCGUGUACCUUGUGACCAUCUUCUUGCACCAAACGAACGUGUCGGCGCGCGCGCUGUGGCGCUCGACGCUGCUGAGCCUUCUCCUGUCCACGAUACCGGUCGCCAUCGCCGCGGUCUUUGCGCACUUUGAACCUGUCGAGCUGCCGGCGAUCACGUCGCCGUCGUGCUACUACAGCCUCGUGGUCGUGCGCGUCGGCGUCAUGCUCUACUACCUCUACCUGCUUCGGUGGCCCAUGUCCCGUGCGAAUCCGCGCAUCAUUCGGUGCUUCUGCGCCUACAUCCUCGGCUUCCAUGCACUUGUCCUCGUCGUCAUGACGCUUGCCUUCCACGAGCACGUCAAGCCCACCAACCAAACCGUCUUUGCCACCGCCUUGUACGCGUCGGUGACGCCCAUCUGGAUCUGGCGGCUGCUCCAAGCCGACACGCAGUACUGGCGCGGCCUCGCCAGCGCCACCGAGACGCCGAUGAUGGACGAGGCCGUCUCGACCAAAGGGCUCCACGACCUCCUCGACCGCCACCGCGACUGCGUCAUCGACUUUGCCCAUCUCAAGCUCGAGGUCAAGAUCGGUGUUGGCGCCAACGCGCAGAUCUACCGCGGCGCACUCCACGGCCGGUACGCGGUGGCGGUCAAGGUCUACGCGCCGUCGGAGAUCACCGAGGCGACGCUCGCUGUCUUCUCCCAAGAGACCGCGCGCUGUGCGCUGUUUGCCCACCCGAACGUGGUGACGUUCUACGGCAUGUGCAUCUCGCCACCCAUGGUGUGCCUCGUCACGGAGCUCUGCGAGUGCUCGCUCGAGGCGUACCUCACCGAGCCGCCGCCGCCGACGCGCGCCCCGGUGCUCGACCAGCUCGGUCUUAUGCUCGACGCCGCCCGCGCGGUCGCGUACCUCCACAGCUUUUCCCCACCAUUCUUGCAUCGGGAUGUGCGCCCCGCGAGCUUUCUCGUCGACGACCAGCACGUGCUCAAGCUCACGGACUUUUCGGCCACGCGACGUCUCGCGCCCCGGGGCGCGGCCACGCCGGUCGCCCACCCCGGCGACGUACUCAUGUCGAUGCAAGGCACGGUCGAGUACAUGGCGCCCGAGAUCAUUGGCGGCACGAGAGGCGCAGCGACCUACUGCGAAGCCGCCGACGUCUACAGUCUGGGCAUGACGUUCUGGGACAUUUUGCACCCGGGCCGCGACAAGUACCCGAACGGAUAUGGCAACACGUUUCGCGUCUUUGAGAUGGUUCUUGACGGCCACCGACCCGCGAUGCACCACGAGGUGCAUGUUGCCUUGCAAGAGAUUGUGACGAGUGCGUGGGGCGACGAGCCUCAUUUUCGCCCGUCGGCCGCCGCCAUCGUGCGGGACCUCGAGGCGCUGCAGGUGUCGCUUUUGUGUGCCGUGGCUGGCGACAUGUACCGAUCGCCGCGCUGCGAGCUGCUUCGCUUCCACGGCGCCCCGCGCCCCAAGCUGGCGGUGGGCAUCCCAGGAGACGCGGUUGUCGACGGCCUCUGCGAACUCGAGUACGCGCGCAGUUCACAGGCCGCGCUUCGGAUCGGGCAAAUGCUCAUGGACGCGGGGUACCUCCACCACAUUACCCACCACCGCGGCUUUGAAGGCCGGCACGACGAGCUCUACAUGUUUGAAACCGCGGGCUCGCCACUCGACUGCAUUGGCGAAGACGAGUUGUCCGUGCAGGGCGCCGCGCCCCGCGCGCCCGUGGCGACAACAGCCGCGACGUGCGCGUGCCGUAGCUACGCCCAGGGCUUUGGCGCCCGGCGGUCCCGCCGGCCAUCGUCGACACAACAGCGUCACCCGCCUGCUCCGCCGCGACCACGAAAAAGCAAGGUACCAAUACUGCCCAUGCAAGGAACGACGGACCGGCUCUCGUCCGACAGCAUCGGCCUCGCACUGCUCGACGAUGAUUGA